AAAAGCGCUAGUGGCUUUCUAUGCGCGGCACCCGGAACACCUUGAUCAAAACAAAAUGCGCUUCUGAUAGAUGAACUGUGUAGCGAAAGCGUGACGCGAGGUUCAGACAGUCCUUUCGGUGUUUAAAAUUGCAGGAGUUGAAGCCGGCGCCGCCACCAUCGGAAAGCUUCGCAUGGACAUCGCCCGAGCCACCCGUCCCGACAUCUGUUGGUGACCACGGUAACCACGAACCGGACUCCUUCAGACAGGACCCACGGUCGUCCUCCAGGAACCUUCCGAAGCUGCAGAAUCCUACCGUGACGCUGCUGCAGCAGAACAGGGAAGGCCAUCUGCCCAGGGGCGCCAAGUACCUGCCGCUGGACAGUACAACCGCCGCUUGCCGGCCCCAACGAGAAGCGCAAGCUUCUCCCGAAAUCUGUGUACACCAUUAAGCGCGAGUACGAGACCCAGACGGACGGCGCAACGCGCAAGUUCGCAGACCUCGCUCCUCGACCUAUCGAAGGCGUUGGACCCAGGACCCACCAGGGCAUGCCAGUGACGCUGAAGUCGGCGGUCAAGGAGGAGCACCAGCCCGAGUGGUACAAGCUGAUGUACGACAGCCUGCAUCGCGCCAAGCCAGACGGUGUCCGGGUUCUGUACAAAACUAAAGGUCGGUACAACUACCAGGGCGGUGGAUACGCGAGCGAGCCGGAGGCGGGGUACGCCUCGGACACGGGCCGGCGCGCGGCCUUCGGCGGCAGGGACCAGCCGGACGCGGACGCACCCCGACCAGCUGGAGGCCCCGGUGUCAUGUACUAUUGACCGAGUCGCCGGCGGCAAUCGAUGGUGAAGUGUGGGCGUUCGGAGGCAGGACAGCCACGGCACGUGUCCAGUGGGGACAGAAACACUGGCCCGUACGGACAGAC